AUGGAUGGUCCUACACCCGCCUCCCGCUCCAUAGACAUCGAACUUGGCGGUCAAGAAAUCAUCACUAUCGACCUUGCGGACCUCGACUCAAAUCCAGAAGAUGUCCUUGAACUCCUCCGUGAGGGACAGUGCAAGGUCUCGGUAUGGGCGCGUCUAGCGAGCGAGUAUUGGCGCAAAGGUCAUCUAGAGGCAGCAGAGCGGAUAGCCAAUGCUGCACUGGAAUCGUUACAGAGCAACGGACAGAGUGCUCAGUCACAGCCCAUAUAUUCCUUACUUGCCAACAUCCAGAUUGCCUAUGCGCGUCAAGCGCCAAAGCUCCACCUGCCCGGCGUUCGCGAGGAUGUUCUGACCGGAGAGCGAACCAAAGAGGAGUACCACCGUGAGGCUGCGCAGUACUUGAAUAUGGGGGAUAGGGUUGCAGCCGAGGGAGGUGAGAGUGUCGGGGGAGCAUUGUCAUUUUUGACUCGAGGUAUACAUCAGUUCGCCACGCGCUCAAUGGAAGACGCGCUCCGAUCCUUUGAAGGUGUUCUUGCGGAGAAGCCCACCAACCUCGUAGCGCUCAUGGGCAAGGCUCGGCUACUGUAUGCACGCAGGCAAUACCCGCAAGCGCUCAAGCUCUUCCAACAAAUCCUCCAGUUGAACCCCCGCUGUCUCCCCGACCCCCGCAUCGGCAUCGGCCUCUGUCUUUGGGCAAUGGACCACAAAGCGAAGGCGCGCUCUGCGUGGCUGCGCUCUGCCGAAGUCAACCCGACACAAUGGUCGACGCAGCUCCUGCUCGGUCUCGAAGCCAUCAACGCAUCCAAGAAUGAGUCUCGCCCCGAAGAAGAGCGCGCAAACUCGUUCCGUGUGGGCACGAAGCACAUCGAGCGUGCGUUUAAAACGAACAAUAAGAGCGCGGCGGCUGCAAAUGUAUUGUGUGAGCUGUUCGUGCGCAAGGGAAACUACAAGACUGCGCUGAAGCUAGCCGAGCGCACGAUCCAGUUCGCGGAUACGCUGCCAGUUGUUACCGAGGGAUACAUCCGCACUGCGCGUGUUCUGCAUGCCCAGGGUCAUGUCCCAGAGGCGACGAGGCUCUUCAUGACCGCCGCGGAGGGCCAGCCGCACCACAUUCUCGGUGCGAUCGGUCUCGCGCAGACGCAAACUCAAUCUGGCGAGAUAGCAGCCGCGAUUCACACCCUCGACACCCUCGUCCAGCCGCCCAAUCCCACAAAAUCCGCCGAUGCGCUCGUCUUCCUCGCCUCGCUCCGCGCCUCCCCGCGCCCGGGCAUGUCCUCGUCUGACGCGGCGCAGGAGAAGGUGAAGGCGCGCGAGCUGUACGACCGCGCGCAGCGCAUGCACGAAGAGGCCGAGCAGGGCGGCUUGCUCCGCCCCGCGAUCACGCAGAGCACGGCGGUGCACGCGUCUGUCAAGGUCGCUGCUGUCGUCGCGGCCGGCUCGACGUGGGGCGGGGGCAAGAUGUGCGGGUGGGUGGCGGGCGAUGUGGAUAUGCAUGCGGAGAUCGCGAGGCUGUGGCAGGAGGAGGCGCCGGAGCGGACGCGCAAGGCGCUGAGGGAUGCGUUGAGGGUGAGCGAGGUGGCGGCGGCUGUUGGGGGCGCGGAGCGGGUGGAUCCGAGGCUGGUGAAUAAUCUGGCGGCGCUGGCGCAUAUGGAUGGGGCGCUGGAGGAGGCGCAGAGGAUGUAUGAGGAUGCGUUGAUUAAGGCGAGCGCGCUGGCGCAGCAGGGGGACGCGAGAGAGAAGCAGAACGGGGAGGCGAUGGCGACGACGAUGUUGUACAACCUGGCGAGGGUGUACGAGGACAGCGGUGACCUGGAGAGAGCGAAGGAGGCAUACGAUAAGCUGCUCGCGCGGCAUCCUGAGUAUAUCGAUGCGAAGAUCCGCCUCGCAGACAUGCUCUACAAAUCCCACCAGUCCAACGAAGCCCACGACCUCCUCAAACAAGCGCUCACAUCACAACCUUCCCAUCUUACCCUACGCGCUUAUUACACGCACUUCCUCGUCUCCUCCGCUGCGCCGACCACAUUCGGGCAGGUCCACAUGCAGCCGCUCAGGGCGGCAUACAACUUCGUGUACGCGACGCUCAGCGACCACAACAAGCACGACGUGUACGCGCAUUGCGCCGCCGCGCUCGUGCACUACAUGAUGAACCGCGAGAUGCUGCGGCCCCCGCUCGACCCCGCGCAGCUCGCAGAGCGCAAGAAGGGCUUCGUGAGGAGCGCGGAGUUCUACGACAAGGCGCUGGUGCUCGAUCCGUGCUGUGCGGUUGCGGCGCAGGGCCUGGCGAUUGUGACGGCUGAGGACGCGCUCGGGAGCUUGGUCGGUGCCGGGCAUUCGGCUGGUAGUGCGGACGAGGCGCAGCGGAGGGUGAGGAGUGCGAGGGACGCGCUGGAGGUGUUUGCGAAGAUCCGGGAGAGUAUCAGCACGGGUGACGUGUAUGUCAAUAUGGGGCACUGUUACUAUGUGCGCGAGGACUUUGACAGGGCGCUUGAGAGUUACGAGACGGCGAGCUCGCGGUUCUUCGAUAACAAGAACGCCAAUGUGCUGAUGCAGCAAUGCCGCGCUUGGUACGCCAAGGCGAACAAAGACCAGUCGUACGCGUCCAUGAAAAGCGCGCUCAAAUAUGCCGAAAUGGCACGAGCCCUCGAACCAGAAGACAAGGCCACGACGUACAAUAUCGCUGUCAUCCAGCAGAAAGCUGCUGAACUUCUAUUCAAUAUUCCCCCAGCCAAGCGAAGUGUUGCCGAGCUUGAGGAGGCCAUCGAACAGGCGAAGCAAGGCAACAAGGCCUUCGGCGAGCUCACUGCGGACCCAUCGGCGGCAGUGCCGUACGACAGGGAGCUUGCCGAACAGCGGAUGAAGUAUGGCGAAGGCAUGCUGCGGAGGGCGGAGGAGCAGAUCGCGAACCAGCGCCAGUUCGAGGACGAGGCGCGGGAGAAGCUGGAUGCAGUUAGGCAGAGGCGGUUGGAGGAGAGGCUGAGGUUGGAGGCUAUCGAGAAAGAGAAAGAGGACCAGCGCCGCGUAGAGGCAGAAGCGCUCCGCGAGACGCGCAAGCGGCAGCAGGAAGAAGCGGCCGAGUGGAUGAAGGGCUACGCCGACUCGAGCGACGAGGAGACGCGCGAAAAGCGUCCUCGCAAGCAGGGCGCUAAGAAGGUCAAGGUGGAGGCCGACAGCGCAGGCGAGGAUGCGGUCGCGGGCGCCGAGCCGAAGAAGAAGCGGAGAACAAAGAAGCCUGCUUCUGCAGAUGCCGAGGAGGAUGAGGGCGGUUUGUUCAGCGACGAUGGUGUCGACUCAAAGCCUAAGAAGCGAUUGAACAAGAAGCGCGUGGUCCGCGAUGAGGACGACCAAGAAGCCACGGGUCCACGGAAGAAGCAGUAG